CAAUAGCAUCUGUGAUUGCGAGAAAAUUUUUUGGGAAAAUUGUGCAGCGCACCACUGACUAACCACACAACGGAAAGAGUCGGAAAGCAGCAGAAACACAAAUAAAAUCACGCCCAUUGCGAGGUCGCGUUAUCGCGAAUUAUUCAAGAGUAACGGUGCCGUGCCAUAUUCCUAUGGAGCCGCCGCCGCCUUGCGUGAAUAUGAACACAACUCAACUAAAUGAGGCGGGCAACAAUGCAACACAACACAAAUUCCAUCCGUGCGAUGAGGCGGUAAUAGCCACCAAUGACGAUGCCAGCGACUGCAAGCGCUGUGCCGUCCGCCUCGGAUACUGGAAGGACGACUACAUUGGCUACUUUGUGCGCAAUCAGGAGCGCAAGGCGCCGGAGAUAAAUCGUGGCUACUUUGCGCGCGUCAAGGGCGUUGAAAUGUGUGUGGAGAAGUUCCUGAAGAAAACAUCCGGCAAUUGUCAGAUCAUAAAUCUGGGCUGUGGCUUCGAUACGCUGUACUUUAGAUUGCGCGACACCUCGCACGAGGUUAAGAACUUCAUUGAGCUGGACUUUCCAACCGUGACGGCCCGCAAGUGUUAUACAAUCAAGCGUAAUAAGGCGCUAUUGGCCAAAAUUCAUGAUGAGGAUGGUGAGGUGCGUCUGAGUCCCACGGAUUUGCAUGGACCCAGCUAUCAUUUGAUGGGCGUCGAUUUGCGUAAUUUGGACGAGGUGGACAAUAAGUUGCAGCAAGCCGAGAUCGAUUACACACUGCCCACUAUAUUUUUGGCCGAGUGCGUGCUCGUGUACAUUGAGGCCCAGAACUGUCGUAAUCUGCUCAAGUGGAUAGCACAGAAAUUUCAGUCUGCCGUCUUCGUCAACUACGAGCAGGUGAACAUGAACGAUCGCUUUGGCGAGGUGAUGCUCAAUAAUUUGCGCAGUCGUGGCUGCAGCCUGGCCGGCGUCGAAUCCUGCCUGUCGUUGGAAACGCAAACCAAUCGCUUUAUAGACUGCGGCUGGAGCGGCGCACGUGCCUGGGAUAUGGUGCAGGUCUAUGAGAGUCUGUCGACGGCGGAGCGCCAACGCAUCGAGCGCCUCGAGAUGCUAGACGAAGGCGAAUUGCUUCUGCAACUAUUUCAGCACUAUUGCCUGGUUGUUGCCUGGCUGGGCGUGGUCUUUAAAGAUCUAGAUAUAACGGUCGAGGAGUUGAUGUCUUCGCUAAACAUUGACUAAAGUUUAUUCAAAGUUUAUUUAUUGUAUUGUACAUUUGGCUUGAUGGUCAGCAGAUUGGACGAUUGCACGAUUGUAGCCUGGCCAUCCACCACAAAACAUGCAACUACUAUUUGCUUCGAAGUCUUACAAUAAUCGUGUUAAAAAAUUCAAGUGUAAUUAUUGUUUAAGUGUCAUUCACACACGCACAGAAGAGUUUAUACUACUACUACGUGUGCAUAGCUUAUUGCACUUUUGUAAAUGCAAAGAAACGUUUACUUUACUUUCCCUAAAAAACUACCUGCGUGUAUUUUUUAGUAGCUUAACAAACAAAAUGAAAAUGAAAUUGUUAAACCUAAAAAAAUGUUCCUUAAGCUUCUUUCUCUCUCUCCCCCACUAUCUCUUGUUAUUUGCUCGGUUUUUAUUAAAAUUUUACAAAUUGAUUUAUGCAUAAUAAUUUAUCAAGCAAAUUAACAUUCCUAUUGUUCAUUUAUUCA